AUGGCUAUCCAGGCUCGUGCGGUUCCACGCAGGGCCGCGCCGGGUGAUGUCGAGAAGGCUCCUCUCGUCGACACUCCCGACAACAUCGAGGCCGAGGGCGAUGACGAUAACAAGCACGCGCGCCGGCUCACCACCCACUUCUACGUCCACCCGAUCCUGCUGUUCUUAAUUGUGGGCGGUCUCUGCCUGCGCAACUUUGGAUUCCCCUUCCCCAGCCCAGCACCCGAGCCUCUGCCUCCCUUUGUCGAGGAUGGCAUGAAGCAGACUUUACCGCUGCGCGUAAGCGUUCGGACCGUUUCGCCGAGGGAAACCGGUGCCGUCUGGCUCAAGAAUGCGACCCUCUGGACCGGCGAGAACGACGGCGAGGAGGUUCUCUACGGUGCCGACGUCUGGCUUGAUGGCGGUGUCAUCCGUCGUAUCGGCAAGGCUGACGACAUGGUCGACCUGCUCGCUGCGUCCAAGGACUAUGAGGAGGUCGAGCUCAAUGGCGCGUGGGUCACCCCCGGUAUCGUUGAUGUUCACUCCCACCUCGCUGUUGAUGCUUCCCCCGAGCUCAAGGGUAACAGCGACACCAACUCGUGGAAGGCGUCGAUUCAGCCUUGGCUCCGCUCGCUCGAUGGAUUCAACACUCAUGACCAAGCGUUCAACCUGUCCAUUUCGGGUGGUAUCACCACCAUGCUUGUGCUUCCCGGCUCGGCCGGCAACAUUGGUGGCCAGGCAUUUACUUUCAAGCCUCGCUGGACCAAGGAGAACUCCCCUCAGAGCAUGCAGGUCGAGCCUCCCUUUGUGAUCGAGGAAUCCGACUCUGGCGAGAACCAGUGGACUCGUACCGGUGCUUGGCGACACAUCAAGCAUGCCUGUGGUGAAAACCCAUUGAGGGUGUACGGAAACACUCGCAUGGACUCCGCCUACGACUUCCGUCGCGCAUACACCGAGGGUGCAAAGCUCAAGGAGCGCCAGGACCGCUGGUGCCUUUCGCCCAAGACCCAGACCGAGCCUUUCCCUUCCAGCCUCGAGUGGGAGGUCAUGUCCGACAUCAUUCGCGGUAACGUCAAGGUCAACAUCCACUGCUACGAGACUGUCGACCUCCAGGACCUUGUCAGGAUUAGCAACGAGUUCCAGUUCCCCAUUGCUGCAUUCCACCACGCUCACGAGGCCUACAUGGUCCCCGACCUCAUCAAGCAGGCUUGGGGUCCUACCCCUGGUGUGGCCAUCUUUGCCAACAACGCCCGCUACAAGCGUGAGGCUUACCGCGGCACCCCCUACGCUCCCAAGAUUCUCGCGGACGCUGGUCUCCGUGUCUCGAUGAAGUCGGACCACCCCGUUUUGGACAGCCGAUUCCUCGUUUACGAGGCUGCCCAGGCCCACGCGUUCGGUCUCAACUUUUCCGAGUCGCUCAGCUCGGUGACUACCCACUCUGCUCGCAUCAUGGGUCUUGGCCACCGUAUCGGCUACGUUCGUCCCGGCUACGAUGCCGACAUUGUGGUCUGGGACUCGUUCCCUCUUACUCUCGGCGCUACCCCCAAGCAGACGUACAUCGACGGUAUCCCGCAGAUCAUCUCUCCUCACAACUUCAACAAGCCCUCGGCUGCCCAGGACAUCUCCCCCGCCGGCGACUAUGACAAGGAGGCACAGGAAGCCAUCGACUCGCGCGGCGACCCCAACCUCCGUCCCAAGAAGUCGUCGUCAGCAAUUGUCUUCGAGGGUGUCCAGAACCUGUACCUUGACGGCGUCACUGCCCAGGGCGAGCCUGGCCGCGUCGUUGUCCAGAACGGCGAGAUUGCUUGCGCCGGCAAGGACUGUGUUGUCGCCGAAGGCGAGUACGAGGUCGUCCAGCUCAACGGCGGCAGUAUCGCCCCUGGUCUCAUUACCACUGGUUCCAAGCUCGGCCUUAUCGAGAUUGCCCAGGAGAAGGUCACCUCGGACGGUAUCGCCUACGACCCUCUCUCUGGUACCGAGCUUCUUGACGGCCUUCUUGUCCACGCCGUCGACGGCGCUCGUUUCGAGGGCAAGGACGAGCUCAUGGCUUACCAGGCCGGUGUCACCACCGGUGUCACUUCGCCCAUGACCUCCAAGUUCUUCUCUGGCCUGUCAUACUCGUUCUCGACGUCGGCAUCGCACGCCCUUGCGCCUGGUGCCAUUGGCAACGCGGCCGCUGCCCUCCACCUCAACCUUGACAACUCGGGCGCCUCGGUGUCGUCCAAGAUUGCUCUCCUCCGCAGUCUCCUGAGCGGUGGCGACUCGCUCAAGGCCAGCGACGAGCUCCACGACGCCUUCAAGAGCGCUGCUGCUGGCGACCUCCGCCUCGUGAUUUCGACUCACAGCGCCGACGCCAUUGCUACUCUUAUCCGCGUCAAGCGCGAGGUUGCCCCCAAGCUCAAGCUCACCAUUGUCGGUGGCUUUGAGUCGUGGAUGCUCGCCGAGGAGCUUGCCCAGGAGAAGAUUGGUGUCAUCGUUGCCCCCUCGCGCUCGUUCCCGGCCUCCUGGGACCAGCGCCGUAUCCUGGCCGGCCCACCCAUCACCAACCACACGCUCCCCUCGUACCUUGCCUCGCACGGCGUCACUGUCGGUCUGGGAAUUACAGAGGAGUGCGACGCUAGGCUCACUCGCUAUGACAUGGCCUGGACGUACGCGUCGUCCCCCAACGUGUUCAGCAAGCCCGAUGCCAUUGCCCUUGUCACGACCAACCUGCAGGAGCUCCUUGGUCUCAACGAUGGUGUCCAGGCCAAGGCUGACCUCGGCUUCGUUGCAUACGAGGGUGACAUGUUUUCGUUUGAGAGCCGCGUGCGCGCCGUGCGUGCUCCUGGCGCCGACUCCAUGGACCUCUUUUGA